AUGGAGGACGACGGAGGUACAGCACCACCAGUAUCACCUGUUCAAAACUCAGCUCUUUGGAGUGAAAAAUUUAAGAAUUCACCUAUUGAGGUUUUAAAGUCGGAGUUAUCACUUAUUGAACCGUAUACUCUCAAUGACUUGAACAAGUCAGUAGUUUCCGAACCGCUUGAUUUGGCACUCAAGGGUUUUGUUGACUUGUUGGUCAGUGAUGUUGACCGAUUUAGUAGGAAGAGGCUACAACUUCUAUGCAUCUCCUUAUUCUCGCAUAAUGAUCUUUAUAUACUUAGUCUUCGAAAGGUUUCGGAAAUGACUCAGGACUUAUCAGAUGACAAACAAUACUGGAAUGUUUUCCACUAUUUGAGAUAUCUGCCAAUUCCAAAUAAAAAGCUGCCACGACCUUUCUAUAAUGAAAGGAGUAAGUUGUUUAGUAGACAGGCAGAUUUUGUUAAACCUGGAUUGAAAAAUAAGAGAAUACGAAGGUUCUAUCAGAAUGCUUGGUUAGGACUCACGAAGCAUCGAUUGCCGCCGAAGUUGUUGAAACAACUUGUUCCAUUUUUGAGUGAGAAAGCAUUAUCUGUCAUGAGAGAGGGCUAUUUGUUUGGAGACUUUUUAUUUCGCGUUUUCGAAUUGGGAGACAUUUAUGCUAUCCUUUCAUUGGAGGCUAUUUAUGUUUUGAUGGUACAGCAUAACUUCGAUUACCCCGAUUUUUAUCAAUGCGUUUACAGACUGGUCGUGCCUUCAGUUUGCUACUUGAGUUGCAGAAAAAAAUUUUUUGAUUUGCUCGAUCUUUUUCUUUCAUCAACACAUUUGCCUACUUACAUUGUGGCUGCCUUCCUGAAACGUUUGUGCCGCUUAGCACUCCUAGCUCCAUUGGCCUGCCAGGAGCCUCUUUUAGCCCUUAUUAGAAACCUCACAACGCGACACGAAGGUGUUAGAGUCCUUUUACAUAGAGACGAGCCAGAGACGGUUGAAAGCGAUCCAUAUGAUGAGUAUGAAGAUGACAUGCGAAAAUGUGGUGCAGUUGAUUCGUCACUCUGGGAAAUGAAGACUCUCCAAAGGCAUUGGUAUUUGGAUGUGGCUAAAAGGGCAAAUUUUGUUGAUAAAGGAGUACAACGCGUGGAAUCAUUUGUACGUUGGCGCUCAGACGAUGAAUAUUUUAGCAGUAUAAUGUCUAAAAAAUUUGGUAGUGAUUUCGCAAAAAAUGACGGUCGUUUGGAUUUUAGUAAGAAACAGUCACAAUGGUCUGAUGAGGAUGAGGACACAGAGGAGCAGGAGGUUGGUAAAGAUAAGAAGCGGGAAAAUGGUAAAUCUGUAAAUGAACCGAAGAAUUAUAAUGUUCCUAUUAAUUUCAACGAACCUUCAGGAGAUUUCCUACAGGGAACAUUUCAAUUUCCUCUGCAGGACUUCUGGAGGUUCUGAUU